AUGGGAAAAUCCCCGAUCUUUCCACUACACCCCUCCCUCCGUGACCAGCCUAUUCCAUUUCCACUACACCCCUCCCUCCGCGACCAGCCUAUUCCAGAUACACUCCACACCUCCCUCCGCGACCAGCCUAUUCCAGAUACACUACACACCUCCCUCCAUGACCAGCCUAUUCCAUUUCCACUACACCCCUCCCUCCACGACCAGCCUAUUCCAUUUCCACUACACACCUCCCUCCAUGACCAGCCUAUUCCAUUUCCACUACACACCUCCCUCCGCGACCAGCCUAUUCCAGAUACACUCCACACCUCCCUCCACGACCAGCCUAUUCCAGAUACACUACACCCCUCCCUCCGCGACAAGCCUAUUCCAGAUACACUCCACACCUCCCUCCGCGACCAGCCUAUUCCAGAUACACUCCACACCUCCCUCCGCGACCAGCCUAUUCCAGAUACACUCCACCCCUCCCUCCACGACCAGCCUAUUCCAGAUACACUCCACCCCUCCCUCCACGACCAGCCUAUUCCAGAUACACUCCACACCUCCCUCCACGACCAGCCUAUUCCAGAUACACUACACCCCUCCCUCCACGACCAGCCUAUUCCAGAUACACUACACCCCUCCCUCCACGACCAGCCUAUUCCAGAUACACUACACACCCCUCCCUCCACGACCAGCCUAUUCCAGAUACACUACACCCCUCCCUCCACGACCAGCCUAUUCCAGAUACACUACACACACCUCCCUCCACGACCAGCCUAUUCCAGAUACACUACACACCCCUCCCUCCACGACCAGCCUAUUCCAGAUACACUACACCCCUCCCUCCACGACCACCCUAUUCCAGAUACACUACACCCCUCCCUCCACGACCAGCCUAUUCCAGAUACACUACACACACCUCCCUCCGCGACCAGCCUAUUCCAGAUACACUACACCCCUCCCUCCAUGACCAGCCUAUUCCAGAUACACUACACACACCUCCCUCCGCGACCAGCCUAUUCCAGAUACACUACACCCCUCCCUCCACGACCAGCCUAUUCCAGAUACACUCCACACCUCCCUCCACGACCAGCCUAUUCCAGAUACACUACACCCCUCCCUCCACGACCAGCCUAUUCCAGAUACACUCCACACCUCCCUCCACGACCAGCCUAUUCCAGAUACACUCCACACCUCCCUCCGCGACCAGCCUAUUCCAGAUACACUACACACACCUCCCUCCGCGACCAGCCUAUUCCAGAUACACUACACCCCUCCCUCCACGACCAGCCUAUUCCAGAUACACUACACCCCUCCCUCCACGACCAGCCUAUUCCAGAUACACUCCACACCUCCCUCCGCGACAAGCCUAUUCCAGAUACACUACACACACCUCCCUCCGCGACCAGCCUAUUCCAGAUACACUACACCCCGACCUCCGCGACCAGCCUAUUCCAGUUCCACUCCACCCCUCCCUCCGCGACCAGCCUUUUCCAGUUCCACUCCACACCUCCCUCCGCGUCCAGUCUAUUCCUCCAUUCUUCAUCAUCAAGCCUACCAGGGUAA